UACACCUCACAGCCGUGUUACUUGAUAUGUGAGACAUGCUAACUGUUUGCAUGCCAUCAUUAGCACACAUGCUAACUUUUUAGCUAACUUUACGUUUUUUCCUCUAAUUCCGCUGCCAUACACCUUACAGUCAUAUAACUUGCUAUGUGACACACGCUAACUGAUAGCAUGCUAACUUUAGCUUGUUAGCUUGCUAACAUUAGCAUGAUAGCUUUUUGAGCUGAAUUUGCAACCGUUUACUCAGGAGUCAUACAACUUGGUACGUGACACUUGUUUACUGUUAGCAUGCAAACGUUAGCAUGCUAGCGAGCUAAUAUUAGCAUGCUAACUUUUUUUGUUGUUGCUUAUUUUUCACUUUUUUUCUCUACUUCCGCAGCCAUACACCUCACAGCCGUGCCGCUUGAUAUGUGAGACAUGCUAACUGUUAGCAUGCCAUCAAUAGCACACAUGCUAACUUUUUAGCUAGCUUUACGUUUUUUCCUCUAAUUCCGCUGCCAUACACCUUAGAGUCAUAUAACUUGCUAUGUGACACACGCUAACUGAUAGCAUGCUAACUUUAGCUUGUUAGCUUGCUAACAUUAGCAUGAUAGCUUUUUGAGCUGAAUUCGCAACCGUUUACUCCGGAGUCAUACAACUUGGUACGUGACACUUGUUUACUGUUAGCAUGCAAACGUUAGCAUGCUAGCGAGCUAAUAUUAGCAUGCUAACUUUUUUUGUUGUUGCUUAUUUUUCACUUUUUUCUCUACUUCCGCAGCCAUACACCUCACAGCCGUGUCACUUGAUAUGUGAGACAUGCUAACUGUUUGCAUGCCAUCAUUAGCACACAUGCUAACUUUUUAGCUAACUUUACAUUUUUUCCUCUAAUUCCGCUGCCAUACACCUUACAGUCAUAUAACUUGCUAUGUGACACACGCUAACUGAUAGCAUGCUAACUUUAGCUUGUUAGCUUGCUGACAUUAGCAUGAUAGCUUUUUGUGCUAAAUUUGCAACCGCUUACUCCGGAGUCAUACAACUUGGUACGUGACACUUGUUUACUGUUAGCAUGCAAACGUUAGCAUGCUAGCGAGCUAAUAUUAGCAUGCUAACUUUUUUUGUUGUUGCUUAUUUUUCACUUUUUUCUCUACUUCCGCAGCCAUACACCUCACAGCCGUGUUACUUGAUAUGUGAGACAUGCUAACUGUUAGCAUGCCAUCAUUAGCACACAUGCUAAGUGUUAGCAUUUUAAUGUGUGCAUGCUAAUGUUUUAAGCUAGCUCUGUAGCUCUUUUUGUACAGUUGCACCUAAAGCUCACGGAUUCAGACACUCGACACCAGCUUAAAACGUGCUUUUGCCGGCCAACAAGUUCAUCUACCACUACAAGAACAUGCGCUGGGCAAAGGGCCGCAAUGAAACCUACCUGUGCUUCGUGGUCAAGAGGCGAGUGGGGCCCGACUCGCUGUCCUUUGACUUCGGACACCUGCGCAACCGCAGCGGCUGCCAUGUGGAGCUUCUGUUCAUGCGCUACCUGGGGACCCUGUGCCCGGGCCUGUGGGGGAGCGGCUCCACAGGCGGCCGGAGGCGGAGCUACUCCAUCACUUGGUUCUGCUCCUGGUCUCCGUGCGUGAACUGCGCCGUGGCUCUGUCGCGGUUCCUCGGCCGGAUGCCCAACCUGCGCCUCAGGAUCUUCGUGUCCCGCCUUUACUUCUGCGACCUGGAGGACAGCCGGGAGAGGGACGGCCUGCGGUUGCUGCGGAAAAACGGGGUCCAGGUCACGGUCAUGAGUUACAAAGACUUCUUCUACUGCUGGCAGACCUUCGUGGAUCACAAGCAGAGCUCCUUCAAGGCCUGGGACAGUCUGCAGCAGAACUCUCUCCGACUGGCCAGGAAACUCAAACGCAUCCUUCAGGACGAUGAGAUGGAAGAUUUAAGCGACGCCUUCAAGCUGCUUGGACUGUGAGACAUUUUCAUGGCUGGUACAUGACGUCAUCACUACAGCGGCUGACCUCAGAACAAAGAAACUGGUUUUAGUUUUUAAAAAUGUGGUGCUACUAACACAAACAACGGCCGAAAACGACCUUUUUUUUAAGACUUUUAACUAACGUCACGUCUUAUUAUUAUGAAAUAUCCAAUAAAUGCUUUCUUGUGCU